GGGGCACCUACUUCCUCAUCUCGCGGAGCCUGGGGCCCGAGCUGGGCGGCUCCAUCGGACUCAUCUUUGCCUUCGCGAACGCGGUGGCCGUGGCCAUGCACACCGUGGGCUUCGCCGAAACUGUCCGGGACCUGCUGCAGGAGCACAACUCCCUCAUCGUGGACCCCACCAACGACAUCCGCAUCAUUGGGGUCGUCACCGUGACGGUGCUGCUGGGCAUCUCCCUGGCCGGCAUGGAGUGGGAGGCCAAGGCGCAGAUACUGUUUUUCCUGGUCAUCUUGGUUUCCUUCAUAAAUUACCUGGUGGGGACGGUGAUCCCGGCCACCGCCGAGAAGCAAGCGAAGGGCUUCUUCAGCUACCGAGCCGACAUCUUUGCCCAGAACUUCGUGCCCAGCUGGCGCGGACCCGAGGGUUCCUUCUUCGGCUUGUUUUCCAUUUUCUUCCCGUCAGCAACCGGCAUCCUGGCUGGGGCCAACAUUUCGGGUGACCUGAAGGAUCCUGCCGUGGCCAUCCCCAAGGGCACCUUGAUGGCCAUCUUCUGGACCACCAUGUCCUACCUGGUGCUUUCUGCUACCAUCG